AUGGACCUCCCCGACUCGUUGCUGCAUCUGUUGUUUCACAUAUACUCCAAGUGUACCUUCCUCAACGUGCUUGGAGCCUUCGUCUUCCUCGUCCUCGCCGCCUACCUCAUUGAGCGCUUCAUCACCGGUGUCGCCUAUCCGCCUUCCAUUCCUCUCAUCCGCGAGCCGGAGGGUGCGCGUAGCUUCAGCUUGCGCACUCGAAUUUCGUACUACACCGAAUGCAAAGCCAUAUAUGAGGAUGCUUGGAAUCAGUAUCUCAAGCAUGGCCGCCCCGUCGUCGUCCCGGGAAUAGGAUCUCGUAAGGAGGUCAUCCUACCCCCGGAGCACAUCCGCUGGGCUCUGGCACAGCCCGAGAGCCGCCUGAGCGUCGCCGAGGCCAUGGCCGAAGUCGACCAGGCCCACUGGAGCCUGGGUCACGCCGGGCCUGUCCUCGACUCAUGGCAGGGCCUGCUGAUCAAGACGGAACUGAACCGCUCCCUCGAGACCAUCUGCAGUGCAUUGAGUGACGAGCUCGGCCGCGCCUUCGACAAGCACUUUGGUACCGAUACGACGACGUGGCGUGAGAUAGACCUGCGCAACACCAUCACAAAGGUUGUCGCCCAGGCCAACUCGCGCUUCACCGUCGGCCUGCCUCUCUGCCGUAACGAGGGCUACCUGCAGGCCCUACUCGACGUAAACGACCUGCUCAUCACCGUCGGCGGUUUCUGCUCUGGCCUACCGCAUGUCCUCCGUCCGUUCCUGGGGGGUCUCCUGUCGAUUCCUAUGAAAUUCAAGAUAGAUCACAUCAAGCAAUGGCUCGUACCCCUGUGGGAUGACCGCAUCCGCAUGGCACGGGAGGCCAAAGCCGCCGGCGCCAACGGCUUCAGCAUGCCCGAACCGACUGACCACGUCCAGGCCAUGGCCCGCUACGCUCUGCGCGAACGACCCAACGAGGUGGACGACUACGAGCUUAUUGUCCGCCGCAUCUGCGCCGCCAACUUUGGUGCCGUCCACCAGACCGUCAUCCAGGUCACCAACCUGCUUCUCAACAUUAUCGACUCGGACCACCAGCACAACACCAUAGCCACCCUGCUCGAUGAGUCGGACCGCAUCCUCAGUGAUUCGGACCCCGCCGCCGCCGACAGUGACGAGGUGACUGGUCAGUGGACAAAGGGCCGUGUCAACCGUAUGGUCUUCGCUGACAGUGCCUCGCGCGAGACGCUGCGCCUCCAAUCAUUUGCCAACCGCUCCCUUAUCCGCAAGGUCAUGACAAACGACAUGGCCACGCCUGACGGCCACCCCCUGCCAAAGGGCACAAUCGUCUCCUUCCUCGUCUGGCCCUCCCAGACCAACCCAGACGCCUACGAAGACCCGCUAACCUACGAUCCCUUUCGCUUCGCCCGGUCCGGGUCCAACCCUGGCGACGACGGAAGCGAGGAGAAGAAGACGCAGACUUUUGUCACGACGUCACAGGAUUACCUGGCCUUUGGCCACGGCAAGCACGCAUGCCCGGGUCGCUUCAUUGUCGACUUUGAGCUCAAGAUGAUCAUCAACCAUGUCCUACGGUAUUACGACGUGCGCUUUCCCGACGAGUAUGAAGGGAAGAAGCCGCCGAAUGACUGGAUGUGCGAAGCUACAUUUCCGCCUCGUGGAGUUAGGAUAUGUGUUAGGAGGAAGGCGUGA